UGCUUGCUUGAGCUGUACCCACUUUUCUUUUGCAGGGAGUGCAGGGCUCGCGCGCCUGACGACGUGAAGCAGACGGUUCCACGCAAUUAUCGGGAGUCUUUAGGCAGCGUCUGGCUGCGCAGAACUGCUAUAGCGCCGCUCGCUCGGGCUGGUUUUUUGGACUGGGGAGGCCUGGCAAAGAUAAAAAUAAGCUUACUGCUCGAGCGUCAUAGCUAUUGCAAAGGCGGUGUAAUACCACGCGUCUGCGAGGCUGUGCGACGCCGUCGACGCGGCGCGAGUCGAAUCCAAUCACUCUCUGCAGCAGUAGCCAAGAUUCAGAGCUGCAGCGCUCGUGGAACCGGACAGACGCGGCGCCACCGAGCGAACAACUCGUUAAAACAACUCACGCGACGCCGCCGACGCGAAACAGCUGCGUUUACACAAGACUCACGCGACGCCGCCGCCGACGCGCAUAAUGCCAGAGACCGGCUGGUUAAUAGGCGCCGCCGUCGGCGUGAUCUGCGCGAUUCGGUGGGCAUCAGCCGCCGUCUACGAUGUAUUAAUUGUGAAAAUGACGACGAGGUGGUACGCGAGUGUGUUGAAGGAUUUGGACCGGAGCAGCACUCUCCUGGACGUCGGCAUCGGCACCGCGACAGCACUACGGAACAACAAAUCGCUCGUCGAGACCAAGGACCUGCGGGUCGCCGGGGUCGACUACGACGCAAGAUAUAUCAAAGCCGCGGAGCGACGCAUUGCUGGAGAUGCGAAGCUGAAGGGUCGCGUGAGCGUGGUCUGCGCGUCGGUCUACGACGGGCAGGUCCUGGCCGCGCUGCGGCCCAAGGGCGGCUUCGACGCGGCCUACUUCUCGGGGUCAUUGACGCUCAUGCCCGACCCCGUCGAGGCCUUGCAGGCCGUGGCCGCCGUCGUCCGGCCGGGCGGGCGCAUCUACGUGACGCAGACGUACCAGAAGCGGGCCGCGCCGAUUAUGACUGUGGUCAAACCUUUGCUGAGGUACGUGACGACGGUCGAUUUCGGGAAGCUCACGUCGUGCGAGGAGGCGGAGCGCAUCUUCCGCGACUCCGAGCUCGAGCUCGUCGAGCACGCGCCCAUCGCCGGCUCGGUGGACACGGUGUUCCAGACGGCGUUCCGGACGGUGUUGAGGGUGCCUAAGUAG